AUGGAGAAGAAUGUUCAGAGACUGGUUUUCCUUACAACCCAGCUAAAGGGACUAUAUGUUGUUCUCAGUUUCAUGGCACACCUGGACAGCACUGCUGUGGGAGCAACGUCUACCAGCCUGAUACUGAGAUUUGCUGUGAUGGACACAGGAUUUGGAGUGACAGCCCCAUCAACCAUGACAGGGAAAGUCUUGCUUGUAUUCUAUGGCUUGCUGGGCUGCUCUGCUACCAUUCUCUUCUUCAAUCUCUUCCUGGAGAGAGUCAUAACAUUACUUAGUCUCCUGAUAUUGUGGUGCCACAGUAAGAGAACCCGACAUGGUAGACUGGAGUGCAGAGGCAGUGAAAGUGACAGAAAUGAAGAGUGGAAGCCAUCUGUAUACCAAGUUACACUCGUCCUUUUUGUUGCUGUCCUGGUGGUUGCAUUUGGGGCUGCCUCCCUCUAUUCAACCAUGGAGGGCUGGACUUAUUUGGAGUCUCUGUACUUCUGCUUUGUGGCUUUCAGCACAGUGGGCUUCGGAGACUUUGUGAGUGGCCAAAGAGAACACCACGAGGACACCCAAGUAUACCAGGUAGCUAACUGUCUUCUGAUGCUCUUAGGAGUGUGCUGCACUUAUUCCCUCUUUAACGCCAUCUCUUUGAUCAUCAAACAAGGACUAAACUGGAUGCUGAGGGCAUUGGCUAAAAUGGAGGAGCUGGCUGUCUGUGUCUAUCUGCAGCUGCCUUCAUCCGAGCUGAGCUCCGGAGGAGGGCCCGCCGAGCACCGGCCCAAAUCCGCUGACAGCGUCUGA